UUGCAGGGAUAUAGUCUUCUCUCAUCUUUGUAAGUACCACAGAUGACUUUGGUUCUAAGCCACUGGAGUGGCGGUGCUAUGCAUCCUUCUCGAUUCUCAAGAAACGUUCAUGGGAUAAAUAAAGUACCUACCAACAGAAUUAUGAGUAGUUCUACUCCUGAGGAUAAUACCCAAGACUCUGCUAGUUUAUCAAAGACCAACAGAAGUAGCAGCUUACAAAUAAAGACUUUGGCUAGUUUGGCUGCAGGGGCAAACUUGGUCAUAGCAGACACAACAAAGGCCUUGCCCAUGAACAACGUGAUGGAAGGAGCAGCAAUUUUCCCAACUUUGGCUGAUACAGGCCUUGGAGAUUGGUUUGGAGGCUUCGUGUAUUCAGCUGGACAGCAGGCUAAUGAAGCUGUUCAGGACCAGCUGUCAGCACUCAGUUUUACCAGUUUAGCGGUUAUCUUUGGGGCAGGGCUUGUGACCAGCCUAUCUCCUUGUACAUUAAGUGUAUUACCACUUACUCUUGGUUACAUUGGAGCAUUUGGCUCUGGGAAAAGCCGAGUUGAGAUUAUUGGAGAUUCAGUUGCAUUCUCAUUGGGAUUGGCAACAACGUUAGCGAUCUUAGGAAUAUCUGCCUCAUUCGCUGGCAAAGCUUAUGGACAGAUUGGGCAGGGCUUACCUGUGGCUGCUUCUGGCUUGGCUGUCAUCAUGGGCUUGAAUCUUCUGGAGAUUAUUGAAAUAAAGCUUCCCUCAUUAUUCAACAAUUUCGACCCCCGUGCUGCUGCAGCUAACUUCCCUUCUAGUGUGCAAGCUUACUUGGCUGGGCUUACAUUUGCCUUAGCUGCUUCUCCUUGUAGUACACCUGUGCUGGCCACCCUGCUUGGAUAUGUGGCUUCAACCAAGGAUCCAGUUAUAGGUGGCAGCAUACUUCUUACAUACACAACUGGCUAUGUUGCUCCUCUACUUCUGGCUGCUUCUUUUGCAGGCGCCUUGCAGAGCCUGCUUUCAUUUCGCAAGUUUUCAGCAUGGAUUAACCCAAUGAGUGGCGGACUCCUAUUAGGUGGAGGUGUAUAUACUCUGUUGGAUAGGCUCUUUCCCACCACAAUGGCAAUGUAGCAACAUACUAUGAACAG